AAAGAUAUUAGAGUGGCCAUUUCUUUGCUUCAGAGACAUUUUUACUUUUUCUAUAAUUCUUGCACUUCCUUUUUCACUCAAUUAAUGACUCAUUAUUCUUACAUGUUGAGUUAAGCGUUUAUAGUUUGAAGCCAUGAUGAUGCUGAUUUCAUUACUACUUUUUAAUAAAAAAAAAAGGGGGUGCACAGAUGGGGGCGGUAUUGCAUCUGUAACUCAAGGAAAUGCGUCGAAGAAGAAAAUGAACCGGAAGUACGUUUUGUUUUGGUUUUUGUUGGAGCGGGAAAGCUCGGCUAGGAAGCCCACAAAGCACAAGGUGUUUUUACCAUGCCACCCAAGCAGCAAGAUGUGCCCCCAUCUAGCUCCCCAGUCCUCUUCCUGUCUGUGGAUGGUGUACCGAUGUCUUUCUUUCUGCGACCGGGUCCUGUUAAAUGCAAGCUCCAGCCACUCAUCACAGCUGGAGGAGGAGUGCUGUGUAAAAUUCAGCAGCCAGGAGCCAUCCUGCUGAUUGAUCCUGAGGAAAUUAACUCUAUGCCUCCAUCUACUGUUCACUGGUAUGUGUCCACAAAGUAUAUUUAUGACUGCAUUGAGAAAGGGGAGCAGCUGAAUUUAGAGGACUACAGAUUGAAUCCUGAAGUGGUCCAGAGACAACCAGCUAGUCUCAACAGCAGCAAAGACAGCAGUUCUACUCGACUCUCAGGAGGGCGCGUUGCCUACACCUCUGAAGAUGAUGCAGCUAUUUUGAAUUAUGUCAGCAAACGGAAGACGGAGACUGGGGGGAACCGUCUUUGGCAAGAGAUGGAGAAGCAGGGUGUGACCACUCACAGCUGGCAGUCGAUGAAAUCCCGAUACAAAGAUCAGCUGGCUAAAAAACAGGCGGGGGUUGUGGAAGUGGAAAUGGCAGAAGAAGACAACAAGGCGGCAGAGAACACAGAGGUUGAAACAAAUCAGGAGAUUAAUGAUCAGAAACCUUCAAGUGAAAUGGAUGUUGCUCCCCCGCAGACACAUUCAGCAGAAUCAGACUUGACACAGGUACAGCAGAGUCCACAGAUCAGUUCUUGUUUUCCUUGUGUUGGUGUUGACAGAACUGGUUUGGUGUCUCCACAGAUAAGUGUCCAGUGCAUACCAGUACAAACCACACUUGUGGACCCUCAGACAUCAAACUCUCUGAAAGAAGACGAGCAAAAUAACCAACAGAUGGCUGAACAACCAGAUGAAAGCACACAAUCAGAAACUGUGAAAGCUGAAACAUCUCAUUCCCUGCAAACCGAAGAGCCCGGUGCAAACUUACAGACUGUUACUGAACCUGACGCCACAGAACCAGAGAGAGAUGGACCUCAAACUACUUCAUCUCCACAAAAACAAAGCUCAGACGAAGAAUCUCUGUCAGCUCAGCCUGAGUCUUCCCCCAAAACUACAUCUUGUCAAAAACAAGAGGAGAAGCAGAAAGUCUCUGAUAAUCUGGAACAACCACAGCGUCGAGUCACUCGCAGGCAGCUUGAGCUUGAGGCAGCGUCAUCUCCUGAGCCUUAUGGGAAAAAACUCAGAUCAUCCUCAAGCAGUGCUUCGCAACUCACAUCAACUCACCAUAAUAUGAGGAAAACUAAAUCAGUGAAGUCUGGUCCGAAAAGCACAGCAGACCAACCACCCCCCAAGAGAGCCAAAGGAAAGCAUGUGGAAGCAGUGGCAGAGAGUCGGAGUCGACCAGAACAGAGUGAUCAUGAUGCCAACUCUGAACCAGCACAAGCAGAUGAAGCUAAUACAGCACCACAGAAAGCAGAGAAGAGAAAAGGGAAGAGACAGCUGGGGAUUCUGGAACUGGCAACAAAGGAAUUUGAGUCUGACGAAGAUGAUGCUCCAGAUCUCCAAAACCACGCUGAAACUGCAGGCACAUCAGCAGAACUCCUCCCCACUCUUACAAACACAGCUGCAGAUCCUGCUUCUACACAGUCCAUCCCUGAAACUAGACCCAGCCAACAGGGGAAUGUGGAGGGAUCUCAGACCUCAGAUGACAACAGUGUUCCCAACACCGGUUCCCCUCAUCCUGCUGCUGCUGAGCCGGCCGUCCCUGAACCUGUCAGUGCAACCUCAAAGGCCCACCUGUUUAUAUUUGAAAGUGAAUCUCAGGAAGACAAUUCUCAGUCUGUUGACGGUAACUCGUCAGCUGCUCCACCUGGCCUGCGGCCCACCGUAAACAAGGACGUUGCACUGUCUCUGACUCAGAUGCAGCUAGAGGAGGACAAGCAGCGAAUCAGAGAGCUGAUGAAGCAGACAGACCAGGACUUGGUUAGUGUGACCAAAGCCUUAUUAAAGACCAGUGGAGACUUCUCUCUUGCGUUGGACCUGCUUUCAAAUCCCUCUGUGUCUGUACCUUUAUGGAAUCGCCAUGACAACAGUCUGUUGCUCUCAGCUGAUCCUGAUGUCCUUCAGCAGCUGCAGGAGAAAUAUGGUGAGGAGAAUGUGGCCAAGAGGAUGGUGUUUCUUGAGGUGGAAGGAUGAAAGUGGUCGACGGUUCAGAGACAAAGAAUAUGGACAAGAGUAUAAUUAUCCAUGAUGUAGAAUUUCAGUUUCCACGUUUGUUUAUUAUUGGCCAUGCCAACACUUUAACAUAAAACUACACAUUUUUUACUGUUUCUUCAUAUUGCUGUUCUUACUGACUUUAUUUGAAAAACCAAAUAUAAAUUUAGAUUUAGAAUGAAUGAAUUGAAAAUUGUAAUGUAAAUUAUGGCAGUAAUAUUGGCUGUGAUGCACCUUUUUGUUAGAUUACAGAAUCUUUGGUGUGUUUUAGUUUAAAAAUACUUAUUUGUAUGUUCAUCCUUUUUAAUGCAUUUUAUGUGCUUCUGCUUUAAUUCCAUAAUAAAUAUGUUUUUACUUCUUA